GAGGAGGGGGUGAGGGCAUUCAUCAUCACCACCUCUCUCUCCAACUCUUCUGACAGCGCCCGACACAGAAGCAAAAAGAGAGCACACAGGAUAUGAGUCAAAUAAAUACCCGGACACUUUCUAUCCCCCCGAAGUUGGAUUGAGGUUGAUGCUGAGAUUUAGCAAGGUUGGUUGGAUGUGUCUUUGUGUUACAUGUGAUCCAGGAUAUAGCAGAGAAGAACUCAGGAACAGCUACCCUGUUGACCCGUUGGAAGUUGGAUUGCACAACCACAAGUAGCGCUUUUGUUUUGUAACGCCAGUACUUAUUUUGGGAAAACAAUUUGUACUGUUUUAGAUGUUAGAGGAUCUUUUUCUGGGGACUUUUAGGAUGUCGUCCUCACAGGGUCUGUGAUCUAACACCCAAAGCUGUCAGUUUUGGAGGGUUCUGAACGGAUGACAGCCCAGGAGAUGCACCAGAGUGGCAUCUACAGCUUCUUCCUCAACAUGUUUGCCUACCAGAUAUGUUGCUGCUGUGGCCCUGCCCCAUGCUCACUGUGCUGCUCCUUCUGCCCCCCGGUGAAGUCAUCGUCCAGCACGAGGAUCAUGUACACACUCUUCCACAUCAUGGCCUGCGCCGUCUCCUGUCUCAUGCUCUCACGCACUGUCUCCGAGGCUGUCCGGGACAAUGUGCCUUUCUUCAACAUGGUGUGUGACCAGGCCCAUGGCGGAGGGCACUGUGAAAUGCUGGUUGGCUACUCAGCGGUCUACAGGGUCUGCUUUGGCACCGCCUGCUUCUACCUGAUGAUGGCGCUGUUCCUCAUCGAUGUCAAGUCCAGCCAGGACUUCAGAGCGCUCAUCCACAAUGGGUUCUGGUUUCUGAAGUUCAUCACCCUGCUUGGGAUGUGUACUGCUGCUUUCUUCAUCCCUACUGAGUCCUUCCUGCAUGCCUGGCACUACGUAGGCGUGGUGGGAGGAUUUGCCUUCAUCCUCAUCCAACUCAGUCUCAUCACAGCAUUUGCCCACACCUGGAACAAGAACUGGUUAACAGGGGCGGCAGAGGACAAGCGCUGGUACCUGGCGGUGAUGUGUGCCACCCUGUUCUUCUACAGCAUCGCCACCAUGGCCUUCACCUUCAUGUAUAAGUACUACACCCACCCCACAGCCUGCCAGUCCAACAAGGUCCUGCUCUGGACCAACCUGACCCUGUGUGGCAUCAUGUCCUUCAUUGCCGUCACGCCCUGUGUACAGCAGAAACAGCCUCGUUCAGGGCUCCUGCAGGCUUCGAUCAUCAGCUGCUACGUCAUGUACCUCACCUUGUCUGCCCUGUCCAGCCGGCCCCCAGAGAAAAUGGUGUACCAGGGGGUGAAUAUGACAGUAUGUUACCCCAGUGUGGGUCAGGAUGGCAUCCAGAAGGAGACCAACGCGGUGGCCAUUAUAGGAGCUGCCAUCAUGUACUGCUGUGUGCUCUUCGCAUGCGGUAUUCAGCUCGCUCUCCCGAGGGAGUACGAUGGGACGGCUGCUGGGUGCAAGGGUUUCCUGCUCCAGCUGGAGCUUUACCUGGCAACCGUGCACACGACUCCUUCAGGAGGUGAGAGCGUGAACGCCCUCGUCUCCUGCCUGUCAGGCAAAGCUCUGGAGUGGGCCAACGCGGUCUGGGAUGGACCAGACUCGGCGAGGGACCACUACCCAGAGUUCACCCGCCGUUUCCGGGCCGUGUUCGACCACCUCGGCGGGUGA